GUUUUCCGCGUUGGGCCGCAAUGCCGCAGCCGCCGUCGUGUGGUGCCGCCGCCGAAGUGCCGAACGGCAGUACUGUGUUGUUAGUUGUCGGCGGCGAACACUGUUGCGGUCGCGUCCUAAACCGGAUGCCGGAACGGACAAAAACCGAGACCACAGUUCAACAACAAUUGUCAGUUGUUGUUCUUCGGUGGGUCGCCGGAGUCGUCGCUUACCCGAUUCUCCUGUGCGGCGGUUAUCUCUCCCGCAAGAACGUGUCGACAAUCACAUUUUAAUCUCGCGACACAUUGUUGACGAUUUCUUCACGUACGAUACUCUUGCCGGCGCGGUUCGGUUGUCAGUACCGGAUCGGCAGUACAGCGAGCACGGUAUCGACCAUCUCGGCCCCGGGGCCGUCGACGGAAUGUGCCGCACCGAGUGAAAUAUUACCGUGUUACGCGAUUAUGUUGUGGGAACCACGUCCAGCGCGUGUGCAGUGUACGUCGAUGUAAGAGCGAAUGCUUUCGACGGAUUAAUAUUGUGAAAACAUUAAAUAAUAUUGUCUGUAAGUGUGAUCGAUAUCAGAUUAGAGGUCAUUAGUUAGCAUUAGUGUGUGAAUAUGGCUGAAAACAUUGCGUUCAGUGACUGGUCGGAAAAGCUUGACACUGCUGGAACUAAUCAUUGGCUUCCUGCGUACGGGCUCCAGCAACCGCCAGUGGCGAUAGUUGGCAAUGGCCACCAACAAAACGAUCCCACAUUCGAUUCUGGCCCUCAUGACCACACUGACUAUUUCGACGACAACAAUGAAGACGAUCUUUGCGAUAACGGUGAAGAAGAUAACUGGUCAUCGUUCAACCAAAGUAGUUAUGGUGGAAACAUCGUAAGCAGCACGUCUUAUAUUUUUUUAGAAACGAUUCUCGAAGAAACUUCUGACGAUUUGCGGACGGAUUCAGAAAGAAGUAGUGAAGAAGAUUUCAUAAAGGAAGAAAACUGGUCUGUGAUAAAUCGUGGCGAUCCGUUUAACUUGUUCAACUCGAGCAAUAAUAAUAAACAAAUGCCUGUCAGGAUGCUUUAUGAUAACAACGAUCCUGGUGUGCAUGACGACGACGACGACAACAAUACUGUGUUGUUCUACAGGGACAACCUGCAGGAUCACCAUUUGUGGACGAAUGGUGCCAGCGGGGGGCCACUGACCAACGGUUGCGGGGGUGGUAGCCUAUUGCAGUUCGAGAGCCUAGAGAAACAAUGCGAACAAACCGUGUUCCGGACGACCGCCACUGCGACGCCGUUCAUGACCAACAGCGCCGAGUCCCUAAACACUGCCCAACGUCCGGCAGGCGUGCCACGCCGGCAAAACUGGAAAAAUCAACCGACGUUAGACGAUGACUGCGGCACCUCCACGGCCGCCGCCAUGGAUGACGACGAAGCCGUGUUGUGCAGCACGCCGUUUUCGAGUUACGCUGGCGACGGAUCUAGCAUAAAGUCGCUAAGUAAGAGCAUGGAGAGCGUACAUUCGACCGCCAGCCGAAAACGAUGCAACAACAACUGCAGGGACGGCGUCAAUGACGUGUCGCAGAGUCUUGAUGAGUUGCGUAUGUGCGGUAGGGACGACGGGCAAUACGAUUCGGCGGUGGCGGCUGUCGGAGCGACGUGCGCCGUGUCGCAACCUGCCACCGGCAUGUACAAAACAGUCGAUUGUCUCAUCGACCCAGCGUAUUGCGGAAAAAUGGACGACGAUGACGACGAAGACGAAACGGAUGGUAAAAAACAGGAAGACGUCAUACAGGGCGUAGGAUGUAAGCAGCAACGAUCGUCCGAGAACUUGAGCGAAGAUAGUGGUUUCGGGGAUCAGGUGCCCCGCGGUCCUGCCGCACAACAAACGUACAAACCCAUUGCUGAGGACGAAAACUAUUUUGAGAUGUCGACGAAGAGUAUCGUGACGAUCGCCGCCGCCGCCGUUUCUGCCACGGCCGCACAGUGCUCAGUCGCCGCCAAGGGGAAGGGGACAAACGACGACGACGACGACGACGCCGACGAUGAGAUGAAAUCUAAAUUUAGCGCAGCCUGGCACAGCUAUCCCGAACUGGGCGAUCGGCCGUCAGUGACUACGGAAUCUCCUACGACCGACGACGACGAAAACCGCCGGAAUCACCACCACCAUCAUCACCACCGCGACGGUACCGCGAUGGCGUCACGUAUGCCAAUGUCAAGCACACCCAACCUGUGCGCCGACGGUUUGCUGGCGCACACUGACGGUGACUAUUUGCGCUCCAAAAAGCUGCUAGACUCCACCGUGUCAUUGGACAGAUCUCACUCGCUGAAGCGCAUACAUUACGAGAGCGAGUCGGCUCUGAGCGCGGCUUCUUCGCGUGGUAGCAAUCUACUGAUAACUACCAGUUUCGUGAAUCUGGCCACCGUGCCGACGCCCAACAAGGGCGUGCACUUUUGUCCGGUUGUGUCGGAAGUGAAUUGGCGCGAGAGCUUCAGUAGCAGUAGCUGCACCGACGUCGGUGGUGGCGGCGGUGCGGGCGAAGACGACAACGGGUCGGACGAACCACCGGAAACGGAAGACGACGACGACUAUGACCGGGUCAGUGACGAAGUCGACGAAAACAUUGACACUAUGGUAAUGAAACUGUUGACCGGUUUACCGUCGGAAACCAGGCGUCCGAGUGUGGCGGAAAAACAACAGCUGCGCGAACGGCUGGACUUCAUCACGGGCGGCUCCCCACCAAUGUCGCAUAGGAUAGUCGCCGCGCCCACUAAUAACACCGCGGCCACCGGUUCCAACAGCCACGGUCGCAGUGUUCAACCGCGACCGACCGAAGUUGACGCGCCCGCUGUGGUCGUCAUGUCCGCUAAAUCGAAAACGAUCGGCGACAAGCUCGGUGGAUUUUUCCAGCGGUUCUCUUUGCGCAGGCUGAGCGGCCGGCGAAAUAAGGACAAGAAGAAACAAAAAGCGGAGGAAUGCAACGCGACGGCGGCGGUGUCUGCACAGUCGAGUAAUAAUAAUUGCAGGCCCGAUACACCGCCACCCCCGCCGCCCGUCGCGGGACGACCGUCUAGUGCGACCGCUGCCGCCACCUCCGAUAGGGGUAAAAAACCGCCGUUACCCCCGCAACCCCCAUCAGCAGAUGGGUAUGUUACGCGCCGGCGCCUCGUGUAUGACGAAAAUCGCGGUAGCCGACUGCCGCCACCGCCGGCACUGCCAACGGCUGGCAGUCGUGCGUCUCUGCAAUCGCGGUCGCCCGCCGCCGUUGCCAUGUCCCGUCCGGAUCACCGGGCCGGUCUACUCGAAACCGACUUGGAUUCUAACGUGACCAGGACAUCGUCGUCAUCGCUCAUGAUGGGCGGUGGUGGUUGCAGCCCCAACAAAAAGGCCCGUAGUCUGCUCGACUUGGGCGCUUCGUCGGCAAAAUUGUCACUGGCCCCCAAUGACUCGAACAGAUCGUCCGCCGACGGGUCGUCCUCAAACACAACCGAUUACAGGGCUAAAUCCAUGGAAUUUCUGUUGGAUAAGGAAAAUCAAGCUGCCGUUCAGGCUCCAGAAAAUGAACUUCGUAAAGUAAAUGUUAACAGUGGAGAACGGAUACUUUCUGAACAUGAGUUACGCAUACAGCGUUCUUUGCAAAGACUCAAUCUUCCUGAAUGGUACAAAACAUGCAAUGUACCGGCUCAAGGAUUUAUUUUGAAAAGACAUAGUGAUGCUGGUUAUACGACCAGUAUGUCUAGUCUAUCAUCAAACCAAUCACAGUCACCAAAAAUGUAUUCUAAUUACAAUAAUACACUGCUUAGCCCCCAAACACAUGCUGCAACUAAGAAUUUCUCACGUUGGAGUACUAGCCGUUUGAAUGGAUCAAAUUCAAAUAGUACAUCUCCUUGUAGUUCCACACGAUCGUCAUUUAACUAUCGUCAACCAUAUUUGGGUUGGAGAUCUCAGGAAAAAUUGUCCAAACCCAGAACCCCAGCCGAACGACUUGCUGCUGGAUUACUUGCUCAACAACAACACGAACCGACAUGUCAAACAAGCUUAUCUGAAGUACAGUCAUCAAUUAAAGAAGUAACAUCAGCUAUAGCCAACUAUGUAUCGUCGUCAACGCCAGAUGGAAGUAAAGAAAGGCUGAAUACUGAUCAGGAUACCCCAUCUAGAUGCCCAUCAUUUAAAGGUAGCACAGGUCGCUUAUGUUGGUUGGAAAGUUCAUUUGUGGGAAACAAGCGACCCAGUUUAACGAGAGACACACCACCAUCAGAAUUAACCACACCACCAUCACAUCGAAAAGCUACACCUGUCAGACAAAUUCAAAAUAAUGGCAGUUGGGUCAAUGUUUCAGGUAACGCGUCGGCGGCUGUGGCACAAUCAGCAUCGGCGCCUCCAAAAAAACAACACCAAGCGGCGGGUCCCCAUCUGCCGGGUGUCUCUGCGGGAGCGAUCCGUUGCCGGUACUCGGAGUGUCAGCUGACGGCCACCGUUACCGAGGCCCGGCGCACGUUCAAGAUGUGCCACAACUGCAAUCACAUGUACUGCUCGAGGCGCUGCCGGCGCGCGCACUGGCAGAACCACCGGAAAACGUGCUUGAACCGGCGCACGGCCGCGCUGUGCCCGUCCAUCGUGGACGCGAUCAGGGCGAACGACCGGUGCGCCGAGCGGCUGUCGACGAUCGCGCGGCGCGGUUAUCUGACGCACGGCCGCGGGGCCGUCAAGUGCUAUUUCUCGGGCGUCGAGCUGGCUGACAAGUUCGUGCGGGGCGGUGGCGACGACAUGCAGUGCGAACCGGUGUACGCCAAGUGGACGGACAUCGACCCGGACCUGGACGCGCUCGGGCAGCUCUGCAAGACGUACAACCCGGACACGCGGUACGUGCUGCACGUGUCUGUGUGCGUGUUGAGCGAGGUGCCCGGCCCGGGGCCUGUGCAGUGGGAGCGGCACGUGGUGUACAAGUGCGCCAAGAUGCACCUGGACAAGAGUCUGCGCGCCGCUGUUACUCAUCCACCGCCGUCGGCCUCCGCCGAAGCAUCCGGACCAGCAGCGGACGACGGUACGGCCGGUGCCCCGGACACGCUGAUACUGACCUCGUUGCCGGGACGCGACCGACGGGACGUGCGCACCGCCCGCCGCGUGUGCUUCGUCAACGUGCAGCGGCACCUCCGGCAGAGGGGUGUCGAGCUCCGUCACCAGUUCCCGGACGUGCACCAGAAGCUGUGCGAGUACGUGGACGGCGGCCCGGACGUCACGUUCACGCCGGUCACGGUGUACCCGCGGGACAGGGCGUCCGGCAAGACGUUCAUGUGCAUCAUCAUGCCGGACACGGAGCCCGAGAAGCUGAGCCUGUUGCCCGGGGACAGUGCCACGGUGCAGACCAUCGACAUCGGUCGAGAAUUCGCCGCCACUGAUAGCCGCAGUCAGUAAACUCCGUUCUAUCUACUCAUGGGCGUGUCUCUGCGCGUUGCAUUUCCUUCCGCGUACCUGCAGUAUGCCUAUAUUUACGGCCCGCAGUGCACGUGAUUUGGAAUGCUUCGAAUGUUUAGUAUACCACCAAGGCCCCUCGUAAAAUAAUAUUAUAAUAUGAUAUUAUUACUCGUAUGUUGAACCUUUAAAAUAUUUACACGAAUUAAAUUGCAGCAAAUUUUACAUGCGCAGACCCGUCUCCUGCAAUUGCUAGGAAACUCGAAGACAAAAUGUUUUAUUCCGACUUUAUAGAGUAUAAACACUACGAACUUUAUACAGUCGUUUGUAGCUCUCCCGCAAUAUGGCAUAAAUUUACAUUAUGCUGCAGUAAUCGUAGAUUUUAAAUAAAAAUAAAUUAUAAAGUUUAAAAGGGAAUAUUGAUACCUAAUUAGUUAUACCUAUAGUUAUUGAUGGGCUCGAACGCGGCGUUGAGACACUACGUAUUGCCCUAGCGUAUACAUUGACAAGUUAUUAGGUUACCUAUUAAUAUAAAUUUUGCAUAUUAUUUAGUAUUGUAUUUAUUAUUGUUUAUAAUAUUUGCCUUUAUUUACUUAUUAUUAUUAUUACAUUAUUAAUUAUGUUAUUCGUUGUUUUAUUAUUAUUACUAUUGUUGUUAUUACAUUUAUACAUAUAAUAAUAUUAAUAUACCUACACUCAAGUGUAUUAAUUUAAUAAUAUUAUGUACUUAUUCGAUUGGGUUAGAUUUGCGCGUCAAAGAUCUUGUGUAGGUACUAACGUAUAGUGGCUAAUAUAGAGACUAUUAAAAAAAAUCUAAAUAUCAGUUAGGUAUCCUAAUAAAAAUGCAUUUUAUAUUAAGGAUAUUUGCUGUAAUGUGAAUAAUUUCUUACUCGAAUUGUGUAUACUUAUUUAAAAAUUUAUUUUUAAUUCUUCAGCUAGUUUUAUAAACUUGUCGAGUAAAAUAACACAUGUACCUAAUGUAGGCAUAGAUAAUUUAGCAAAAGUUUAGAUGUGGUGGAUGUCUAAAUAUUUUUCAAUUAAGCUCACAUUUAAGGAACCAACUAAUCCUUAGGUAUAACAACACUCCCCUAUUUUUUUCAAAUAUCUUCAUUUUUUUAUAAAAAUUAUUACCUAUAUUUACCUAUCGUAGAAUAAUAGAUAAUAAAACAAUGAUAUUUGACAUUAUAUCUAAAAAUAACGAUGGGACUGAUGGGUAACUAUAUAGACUGUAGUAUUACUAGCUCAUAAUAAUCAAACAUAUAUUUGUGUAACAGUAAAAAUCAAAAAGUUUCUAAUUUAAGUUAAUUUGUAUUAAUUGAAUUGAAUACUUGAAAUUGUAUUGCUCCAAUAUUAUAAAUUUACAAAUAUUAGGUACAAAAACAAAGUUUAGUAGAAUCCGCUUAUUUGGGACACCGCAUAAAGGUGACAACCGCUUAAUAGGGACAGAUUGGCAUAGUCCCGAACGAAUUUAUCGGCUUAUUAGUUAUUUGGUUAAUGGUGACAAAUAGGUCACCGCCCAAUGUGUCCCAUGCAAUUAAGCGGAUUCUACUGUAUAUAAAAAAUAAUAUAAGCCUUACACUCGUCAAACGUGAGAUAAUCUGAGAGUAAUAAUCCCUUAUAAUUCCCCCUCCACUAUAAAUGUUGAUGAACUACGAGCAUUGGUACACAUUAUACAUAAAAGUAUAUACAGUAUAAUAGAAUCCGCUUAUUUGGAACACCACAUAAAGGGGACAACCGCUUAAUAGAGACAGAUUGUCAUAGUCCCGGACGAAUGUAUCGGUUUAUUAGUUAUUCGGUUAAUCGGGACAAAUAGGUCACCGCCCAAUGUGUCCCAAUUAAGCGGAUUCUACUGUAUACCUACCAAGAGAAUAUUACUAUUAUAUUACCUAAAGAGUAUUGGCUAUAAUAUUAUUAUUUAUUAUGUAGAAUGUUGAUAGGGGUAGGUACCUAUACAAUGUAUACAGGUUUCAAAGAUUUCGAACUGUUCAUAGUAUGCUAUUGUUAUGUUCCAAGGUGUUCGUAAUGCAACGACAAUAAUAUGAAUAAAUUGCAUCAGACAAUGCGUUAUUUUAUAUGUAUUGUAUACACUUGUUAAUUUAUUUCCAUCAUCUCCAUACACCCACGAUCCAUCCGGCACACAUAUGUAUCUGCACUAUUGCACUAUAUAUAUGAUACGGACAAUACAUAAUAUCAUAGGCUUAAUCCGGUGUGAUGAAAGCAGUUAUCCCCUGACAUUUUGUAGUGGUGGUAAAGACGUCGUUUUACCUCUCAGUUUUCAGCUAUAUGUAGUAAAUAAGUUAUUCAUUAAAUAUUACAACACGUUUUUUUGUUUUUGUAUAGUACAUUAGUACCCAUUAUGUUCCACAAGCUUGAAUAUUAUUUUUCUAUAUGUGUUUCGUGUAGGUAGGUAUAAUUACUAAUUACUAUUUUGUUACUAAAAUAUUUAUAAAUUCUAUUGCCUAGGCGGCUAGGCAUAAAGUAUAUUAUUGUAUAUCCAAUAUCCAUAAUAUAGCACUUAAGGAGUCGCCAAUUAUAAUACGAUUAAAAGGUAUUAACCUGACAUAUUUUCAUUAAUUUUACAAUAUUAUUCUACAAAAUGUCAAGGGAUGCUACAUAAAAUGUUUAAUUGUGUAAAUCUAUAGAGUAUACUCUAUACUAUUUGUAAUUUAUUUAAAGGGAUGAAGGGUGUCACGUCUAAUGGAGAAGCAAUAUUUAAUUUUUUUUUAAAUUAUACAAAAAUUAAAAUUUAAUUAUUACAUAUUUGGCUAAAGCUAUGUUUUAUCGACAUCACAUAUCGAAAUAAUUGGGUAGUACUUGAAUUAGUACUUUAAUUAGCCCGGGAAAUGUAAACAUUGUCGAAUAGUGUACAUCUUUGCUCGCGCAUAAACUAUACCUUAGUUCCUAGGCUAGCGGUUCCCAAACUUUUUUGAUUCGCGCAUCCUCAAAUAAAAAAAAAAAUAAUUGCAUCUAACCAAAACUUUUUUUUCUAUUUUUGGGUGUAUAUUAUACGUAUAUUAUUUUUGUUCAUGAAAUAUUAGUGGAACUUUCACUAUAACCUAUUAUACAGUACCUACACACUAAACACCCUCAUACAAAUAUCUGACGAACCUUAACAUAAGCCACCUAUUUGAUAGUUGCGCCAAUAUGGCUAUAUAUAGGUACCUAUAAUUUCCCAUUUAUACCGUAUUACCUAUAACUUAUAUAAGAUAUGUGAGUGUAUAACGUAUCGAUUCGUAAUACAUACAAUAGUAAUACUUACCAUAAACAUAUUGAAUAUUAGAAUCUAGUUUUAUUAUAAUUUUUAGAUACUGUAAUCGACAUUUUUACCGAUUCGUACAGUUCGAUAUUUAUGAGAUCUAUGCGAUGGAGGCCGUUGGCAUUAUGAGUGUAAUCACGUUGCAGCGUGAUUUUUAUUUUUUUAUUUUAUUGUUAUAUUAUACAAUGCACAGUAACUAUUGAUACGGUUAUAUUAUAUACCUAAAUAGUGAAAAUCGUAUUAUAUUGAAAUUGAAUUUUUGUAAUACAUUAAUACUUACCUAUCAAUAUAUAUAUAUAUAUAUAACAUUUAUAUUAAUUAUUAUUGCUCGUUAAAAAAUAGCGUGUUGUUAAAAAUUUGUUUUUAUAUUACCAGCUAUUAUAAUAUGUAAUUACUAAUUGUUAUACAUUAUAUUAUAGUUAACAUUUUAUUUAUAUUUCGUUGAAAUUCUAACAAUUAAUACAAUUACAACUAUGAUUUUUUUAUAUAUCAUUGGUCAUAUAUUAAUUUUAUUUUCAAUUUACUCCAAAAUCUUGCAGUUAACUUCACUCCUUUGAACUUUUGAGCUAUAUUAUAUAUUUAUAUACUGUGUGUCACUGUGUCCCAGAAAACAGAGUGCACUAUAUCACUCAUAACCCUUUAAAUAUUUUUCAAUUCUGUUUGCACCCUGUUUUCUGGAACACGCCUAAGUACUGAAGCGUCUGGCUUUGAGUAACACUAACUAGUAACUACAAAGAUACUACUUCAAGGGAGGCCUCUAUAUAUAUAUAUAUAUCAUGUAUGUGAUAUGUCUGUAAUUGGUAGAUUUGGAUGGAGAUGUGAACACGGGAUAGCUUUGAGAAAGUAGAACUAAAAUUAAAUUGCAGACACAAUGGUCAAUGGUAUAUGAACUGUUCAAAAGUUCCUUUCAUAUUUAUAAAGACAGCAUUCAAAAACUCAUUUUUACAAAAAAGUCAGGUUGGUAGAUUGUCCAAACAAGGAGAGUACCUAAACUUAAACCUCAUCAAAAACGGUAAAAACCAAACAUGUAGUAUGGAAAAAGGUAUUAUUUUAGGAGAAAUAAAUUUGAGUGAUUUUUUAACAUGAAAUCCAUUAUUUUACAGAAUAUGGAGAAAAGCACAAUAUACCGCUAGUCAUUAGAUGAUGUGAAUUGUGUUCGAGGCCAUGGUUUUCAACCUUUUUUUGUUCACAGCACGCUUGAGCAUUUUAUGAAAAUCUUGGGACACAAUAUAUAUACUAUGAUAUGUAUAAAUUAUUUAUAUUUCCAAUAAUUUUACAGAACAUCUAAGGCCAGUUCACUGUCCCAGUACACUAGUGUUCUGUGGCACACCAAUUGAUAAUCACUGAGUUAAGAUAUUAGAAUGAUAUGAAUAUAAAUACAAUAAAUUGGUGGAGAAAGCUGAGCUACAAAGCAUUGAAGAUAAUUGACUAGAGCAUAAAUAAUACCAAAACAAAUGCAUUAAAUAAAUCAAUAAAAAUAUGAAGUAUAAUUAUUUAUUACAUUAACAGCAAUUAUUUCCCUAUUCAGUCUGUUAUUAUCCACUUAAUAAUUGUCAAAAAGACAACAAUAAGGAGUUAAUACUAUAUUGAAUGUAACAGAAAAUUGUUAUUAGUGGUAAAAAGAAUAAUUAAAAUAACACUAUUUUAAAAUUAAAAA